AUGGCUGUAUGUAUGUAUGCUAAAAAGUUGGUCUUUUGGGCGGUUGCUCUUCCCUUCUUCUUCUUCUACUUCUACUUCUUCGACUUCUUCAUGAACAUGAUGACCUUCAGGCGUUUCAUCUCAUCUCAUCUCAUCUCAUCUCGUCGUCUCAUCUCGUCUCAUCUUCUCGUCUCAUCUCAUCGCGGUGAUCACGAUCUUCGCCCCCCCGGCGUCUGA